AUGUUGGGAAAACGGGAGAAGUUACUCCCUUUUUUGUCCAUGCUGGUGGUGGCCGCCCUAACAAGGAUAAGCUGUAUUCAUACGAUGCCAUCUUACGAGAAUCAGUAUUAUAGUCAUAUACUAAAAGUAUUUAGCGAAGAUGACAUGACACCAGACUUCAGAGAACUAUUAGUUAUCCAGGAUACACAGGAGAGUGACAACAAGAAACAGAGUCCAGCAUCAAAUGAAAAAAAUGAAACUAUACGACUUGAAGCCAAUAUUACAACCACAGAAAACCCAGCAAACGUAUCGUUGCCAGCACAGCCUCAGACAUCAGAAGAAUCACAGCAGCAGGACAAGAAGAUCCCCAACUCCAAUGAUGAGGUAGACGUCGUGGAUCGCGAAGACCACGUCACUCAGUACUUGUCAGAUCUGCUGGUUAAUACAGACAAUGAAAUUACUAGCCUUCAGGGCACCGAAGUAGAAGACGACCGCGAAGGUAUAGACAGAAGGAUUGAGCCUCCGGUAACCUCACUCACACGGCAAAACACAAAGCUGUGCUUGUUUCACUCCAGUUGUCUGUGA